AUGGAAGGUAAGCCAUUGGUGAUAUCGAAAGAGAAGACUGCAGUGGUGUGUGGGGUCCCCACCCAGGUGGUCUGUACAGCCUUCAGCACUCACAUCCUGGUGUUGGUGACCCAGUUCGGGAAGAUGGGUACCCUGGUCUCCCUGGAACCCAGCAAUGUGACCAGUGACGUCGGCAAGCCCGUGCUGACCACUAAAGUCCUUCUCGGGCAGGACGAGCCUCUCAUCCAUGUCUUCGCAAAGAAUCUGGUGGCGUUUGUGUCUCAGGAAGCUGGAAACAGAGCAGUCCUUCUCGCCCUAGCCGUGAGGGACAAGAGCAUGGAGGGGGUGAUGGCCUUGAAAGAGGAGAUCCGGACAUGCCGGGUGUGGUGA